UCGCGGCGGUGCUGGCGGCAUGAAGGGCGGUGCCAAGGUCGUCAUUGAGCCCCAUCGUCACGCUGGCGUCUUUGUCGUCCGUGGCGGCAAGGAGGACGGCAUUGCUACCCGCAACCUGACCCCCGGCGAGUCUGUCUACGGCGAGAAGCGCAUCAGCGUUGACGAGGAGGUCAAGAACGAGGACGGAACCACCACCACUACCAAGGUCGAGUACCGACUUUGGAACCCCUUCCGAAGCAAGCUGUGCGCUGCCAUCGCCGGUGGUGCGGAUGACAUCUACAUUCGCCCUGGCUCCCGCGUGCUGUACCUCGGUGCUGCCUCCGGUACCUCCGUCUCGCACGUUGCCGACCUCGUUGGCCCGACUGGCUUCGUCUACGCCGUCGAGUUCUCCAACCGCUCUGGCCGUGAUCUCAUUGCCAUGGCUGCCAAGCGACCCAACGUUGUGCCCAUCGUCGAGGAUGCCCGUCAGCCCGUCCGCUACCGCAUGGUUGUCCCCAUGGUCGACGUCAUCUUCGCCGACGUUGCCCAGCCUGACCAGGCCCGUAUCGUUGCCAUGAACGCCAACUGGUUCCUCAAGCAGGGCGGUGGUGUCCUGAUCUCCAUCAAGGCCAACUGUAUCGAUAGCACAGCCCCCGCCGCCGAGGUCUUCGCCAGCGAGGUCCAGAAGAUGCGUGCGGAGUCUAUUAAGCCCAAGUACCAGCUGACCCUGGAACCUUUCGAGCGUGAUCACUGUCUUGUCGCAGGUAUCUACAUGCGCAACGAAUAA